GUAUGAUUGCCUUCUUUUACUUCCCUCCAUUCGUCCGUGCUGUUCUUUCUUUUCGUGUUUGUGUUUAUCAAAUUAUGAAUCAGCCGUGCUGAACAACACCAGCAAUAUAGAACGGACCACUUCUCGUCACCCUUCCCGGGCACGACGAUGGCGACCGAAUUCCUCGCCGAAAACAAUGUGUGCGGCCAGACGAUCCUGCAGAUCGUCGCGGAAGGCAACACCAUCAUCUGCGAGCUGCUGCGGCUGAAAGAUUACGUGCCGGAACUGUUCUACCUAAAAACGAAGGAAGAGCAGCAAAAGUAUGGCGAGAUAGUGAAGGACUUUGGCUACUUUCAAAUCGCCGACGCGCAGGAGGCAAAGAUCGAGGCGGACGAACGGCUCCGGCUGCUCGACGAGGAGCUGCGGGAAAACUACAUCGUCACGCUGAACCGGUUCUACAUCGUGUUCGAAAGCAUCCACAAGUACGUGAAGGACCUGAACACGUUCAUCGAGGAGCUGAACGCGGGCCUGUUCAUCCAGCAGUCGAUGGAGAAGGUGUUCCAGGACGCGGAAGGAAAGCAGCUAAUGUGCGAAGCGCUGUACCUGUACGGCAUGAUGCUGCUCGUAGUCGACCUGCACAUUCCCGGCAUCGUGCGCGAACGCAUCCUGGUGGCGUACAAUCGGUACAGCGCGCUGAAAACGCACAGCGACAGCAGCAUUGACGAGGUGUGCAAACUGCUCCGCUCUACCGGCUUCAACGAUGGGCCGGCGGGAAGUGGCACGGGACGUAAGGCGGCGGCGGCGGCGGCGGCGACCAGCUACCCGGAGGACUUUUUCGCCCGCGUCCCGAUCAGCGCACUGUACAUCGAGCUGGUGAUUGGGCGACUGCGAUCGGACGAUGUGUACAACCAGAUAGCGGUGUACCCGUUGCCGGAGCAACACUCCACAGCACUCGCCAACCAGGCCGGCAUGCUGUACGUGUGUCUGUUCUUUUCACCCAAAACGCUCCACCACCAGCCGGCGCGGAUGCGCGAAAUCGUGGACAAGUUUUUCUCCAACAAUUGGAUCGUUUCCCUCUACAUGGGCAUUACGGCGAAUCUGAUAAGUGCCUGGGAACCGUUUAAAGCGGCCAAAACGGCCCUCACCAACACGCUCGACAACGGCAACCUUAAAGAGGUGUGCCACCGGCACCGCCAAUCGAUGGACACGCUGCUCAACCGCACCCGCAGCAUACUGCGCGAGGGCAACCUGACCGAGCAGAACCUGCUCGACCACAUGCCAAAGGUGAUGGGGCUCGUGCGCGACUGCAACAUUACUGUGCGCUGGGUGAUGCUGCACACGAGCAGCACCAACACACUGGACAGUGCGGCACCGGCCGCCGCCUCCAAGCGGUGCCGCCAGGUGCGGGAGCUGAUCGAGCAGGAGCUCGACUUCCGCGGCGUGGUGUUUUUCGAGCUGCUGCUCAACACCAGCCAGCUCGAGCUGAAGGUGCGCGAAAUGCUGAAGCGUCUGCUCGCGGAACGGGACGACCGGUGGGCGGACUAUAGGCGCGAAGCGACCGACCGCAUGCAGGACCUGGCGGAUGCGUUUUCCGGCGCCCGCCCGUUCGUGAAGACGCGCCCGAACGACAGCCUGAGCCGCUGUUUCGCCAACAUCCGCAAGGAGAUCGAUGGGCUGAGCCGGGAGGAGCGGCAGCUUAGCCAGACGGGCCGCACCAUCAUACAGCUGCUGCAGGCGCUGGAGGAGGUGCAGGACUUUCACGGCCUCAGCCGGAACAUGCAGGUAAAGCAGCACAUCGUCGAGACGCGCCAAUACCUGCACGAAAUGUUCCACACGAUCAGCAUCAAGGAGAACGAUCUGAUCAAUCUGCAGCUGAUCGGGGACUUUAGCUACGCCUGGCGGCUGAUCGACGGCUACACCGCGAUGAUGCAGGAAAACAUACGCCACCAGCCCCGGCUGGUGAUAAAGCUUCGAUCGACCUUUCUGAAGCUUGCCUCGGCACUCGAAAUCCCACUGCUGCGCCUGAACCAGGCGGAAUCGGAACAUCUGAUCGACGUUUCGCGCUACUACAGCAACGAGCUGGCGAACUUUGUCCGCAAGGUGGUGCAGAUCAUCCCGGAGACGAUGUUCGCGCUGCUGGCACAGAUCGUCGAUCUGCAGACGAACGUGCUGCGCGAACUGCCGGCCCGGCUGGAGAAGGAGCGCAUGAAGGAGUACGCCCAGUUCGAGGAGCGGUUCCAGAUCGCGAAGCUUACCUACACACUGUCCACGUUCACCGAGGGCAUACUGGCGAUGCAGACCACGCUCGUCGGCGUCGUCGAGCUGGACUCGCGCAAGCUGCUCGAGGAUGGCAUCCGGCGCAAGCUGGUGCAGAACGUGGCGGAAGCGUUCCACGCGCAGCUAGUGUUCGGCCAGAAGGGCAAGGAGUCGGAGCUGUACGCAAGGCUGGACUCGCUGCACCGGAUCAUUCACGGGUACCGGCGUUCGUUCGAGUACGUGCAGGACUAUCUGAACAUUCACUGCAUGCGCAUCUGGAACGAGGAGAUGGCGCGCAUCAUCCGCUUCAACGUGGAGAAGGAAUGUCAACCGUUUCUGAAAGGAAAGCCGGCGCAAGGGAUGGUGGAUGGUGAGCCAGCGGCGGAGGGUGGUGGUUUGGUGCCGAUUCCCGUCUAUCAACCGGUCGACAUGACAUCGGUCAACUUUAUGGGACGAUUAGCGCGGGAGAUACUGCGCAUUACCGAUCCAAAGACCACAAUCUACAUCGACAUCUGCUCGAGCUGGUACGACUACAAAACCCACAAGCUGCUGCUGACGAACAAGUUUGCGAGCAAAAUUAACGAAACCUUCGGCCCGGCCGGACUGAUCGGGCUCGAUCGGGUGUACGGGGCGAUGCUGAAGGCGGAGCUGCAAACCCUGCUCGCCACCAUCCAGCGGAAGGUCCAGCACGAAGGCAACUGGAGCGACGUGCUGACCGGCAUCAAGACGGACCUCGAACGGGCCGACAUUGUGGACAAUCCAGCCAAAAGCUAUGGCGGCUUCAUCUCGAACGUGGCCCGCUUUUUCAGCACCAGCAACGUCGGCGAUUGGCUGCUGAAGGUGGGCCAGAAGCAAACGCUGCGGGGUCAGAUAGCGCUCGAGCUGAACUGUAGCUGCAAGAUAAGGGCCACCAAGCUGGAAGCUUCCCUGCGCACGUUGAACGAUGCCAUACUGCUUGAGUUUCAGCGCCACCAGCUGGAUGAGAGCGCCCCAAUACCAACGGCUGAGCUAGUGGCGGAACUCAACACCUAUCUGCUGUACGCGGGACUGUACGAUCCUUACCGCAAGGUGUACGUAAAGCAGGACGUUGCACCACGCUUCCUGCCACUGUUGCUGUUCCUGCUGCUCGUCACAACCCUGCCCAAGCUACAGUACAUGGAGAAUGUGGACAGUUUGGUGGCGAAGAAGAAAAGCGAAUCGAUCGAUGGCCAUCCGCUUACGAUCGGGCUGCUCACGGUGCUGCGGCAGUUUGAUGCGUCCGAGACGGACAUGUUCCUGCAGUACCUGUGCCAGUACGUGCUCUCGUUCGUGCAGGGAAAUUUGGAAGCGAAAAAUGCCGUCGGAGCGGAAGCACUGGCCGCGCUACGGUUUUUGGAAAUCUUUACCCGUGUGGCCGACAUUCCGCGAAGCUAUCUGGAGCAGUAUCUGUCCGAAAUCAUCCUGGAUCAGUACGUGUUUGUGGUGGAAGUGAAAUGACGACUGUCUUCUUUCUUUAAGCUAUUCCAAUAAGAAUUUGUUAAUAAGUUAACGGACGCUUUAAGCGCCGAGAAGAGAAAUAUAUUUUUCCCCCGCCUA